UUUUUUCAUCUAUAGCCAUAAUUGUCAUUGUUAAUUUCCUCAUCGUCUCUUUCUUUCUCUCUCUAAGCGUCAAUGGCGUCCUCGAAUUUCGCGCUUCUACUUCUCGCUUUCUCUCUCCUCGCCGUCUCCGCCGUCGGCCGGCCAUGCAAAACCCUAUUCUUCAUCACCUCCACUUCCUAUUACCAGAUCCCCACAACUAUUUCUCGAAACCCUAACCCUAACCCCAAUUUCUUCCUCCGUAACCCCUCUAUUUCUCCUCGAUUCCGUGCUUUCGUCGUCACUACCUCCGGUUUCCGUGAUGAUGCUCCGAAAUUCGGACUUCUUAGGCCAUCAGUUUUCUUCCGAAGAUCCGACCCGUUUUUAAUCCGUGGACCCGACCCGGUUUUCUUUGAACGAGAGGACGCUGUUGAACAUGUGGAAGAUGGAGAGGAAUUGGAGAGCCGAUCUUCGUCGAUGAUGCCGGUGGAAUUUUACUCGUCGGUGACGAGCUCAAUCCGUGAUCGGACCAAGGAUAUUAUGAGGGUUGUUGGAGCUUUGCUUUUCGGUGUCGGUUGUGGUGCGUUAACUGCUGCGACUAUGUAUUUGAUCUGGUCGCUUUUCUGGCCUAAUCGCUUCGAGUUUGAGGAAUCUGAUGAUGAUUUCGAGGACGGUAAUGGUGAUUAUGAUGUUAGCAGUGCUAAGAAGAUGGGAUACGUGGCGAUUCCGACUAAAGUUGUGGAUGAUGAUUUGAAGAAGCCUGCUGCUCCGGCUAAGGAAGUGGUAUGAAAGGUGGUCUCUAUGUGUAAGUGUUCGGUUAAUAGGGGAAAGUUUAAUCAUUUCCGCUGUUUGUUGAAUGCAUUUGUUAUUGAUGCUUCAAAAUUUGAUGAACAAAUGUGUUGAAUUACUGUGACUUUGCUUUUGUUUAUAUUAGUAUUGAAAUGUGAAGAAUAUUACUAAAUAACUGUAGACAGCGUAAUGGAGGAGUGCACCCUCCAUGUU